AUGGCAGAUACUGACAAUGGAACUCCCAUCAAACUUGCUGACACGAACUACCAAGAGUCUUCGCAGGUAACAGACAUUAUUGAAGAGCAAACGGCUGCCCCGGCAACUCCUUUUGAAGCUCUACAGAUUCACCUUCAAAACGACCCGUAUGAUACUGUCGCCUGGCAAGAUCUGAUCAAUAUUGCAGAGGAUUCUGAAGACCCUCAUCUGAUUCAUACGGCCUAUGACUCUCUCCUGAAGGUUUACCCCAAUACGGUCCAGGCCCAACUAGCAUAUUUGAGACAUUCACAAGCAGUCCAUCCCAUCGGUAAACCAAAAGUCUCUGAUCAAGAUAUCAUGCCUACUCCUCAAACCUUGUUUUCCCUUUGGCUGAAACAGUCGCCAGAGGCUCAAUAUUGCAUUGUUAGCUCAAAUCAGGCGUCCCCUCGAGAUGUAAUUAAAAAAGCAUUUGAAUUUGCCCUACGUUUUAUUGGCCAAGAUCGUGAAGCUGGUGAAAUAUGGAAAGAAUAUAUCGAAUACAUCAAGGCUGAUCCGACUUCAAAUGAACGCGAGAGCCAAGAAAAGAUGGAUCUUCUUCGCAGUGUUUACAGACGUGCCGUACAAAUACCUCUCGAUAAUCUUGAACAAAUCUGGCGUGAAUGGGAUGCCUUUGAGAAUAGUCUCAACAAGUUGACGGAGUGCUAUCGAUUCACGAUCCAAGCGAGCCUUGCCUUGUCAAGGUUGAUUUGGCGAGUUCAAUCCAAUCUCAUCAAGAUCCUCGUGCGCAUUACUAGACCGAGUCCUGACACAAUGCUUGUAGGCAAAGAAAUUCCUCGCGGAUCGCCACUUGAGUUACAAGCACCUCCUGUGCUACGAUCCGAAGAGCGUUCUCUGCUCGCGAGUUGGCGAAAAUAUCUAGAAUUUGAAGAGUCUAAUCCUCUGGACAUUCAGGAGAAGUCUAUGCUGAAUGCGCGACUUCUAGCGAUCUACAGGAAAGCAACUAUCUAUAUGCGAUUUUAUCCUGAAAUCUGGCAUCUUGCAUACCUAUGGUGCAUUUCUAAUGGAAAGGCGGACGACGCCUUCUCAUUUUUAAAAGGUGGCUUGGAAGCCAAUCCAACUUCUUUCCUGUUAAACUUCUCCUUCAACGAACAUCAAGAACAAGCUUUGAUCACAUUACAAACAACGCCUGGGUCAGAUCCAAAAAAGAUGGAGGAGAAGAAGGUCGAAGGUCAUGAUCAAUACAAAAAGUUCAUUGGCCUUCUGAGGAAAGAACUGGAUGAGAUCGAGGAAAGGCAUAUCUCUGAAGGAGGAACCCCUGUAUCACAACAUCCAGCAGGGACAACCGCACAGUCUACGGCAGCUCGUGCUGCUACCCCUCUCAAUGUGGAGGAUGAUAUUGCUAUGAAAGAGAACGAGAUAUACGGUAUUAUCGAUCCCGCUGUUGCCGAGGCCAAAGAGAGGGAGAGGGAAAGAGAAGAGGAGAACAAGAGGAGGGAGAUGAUCCUCAUCGACAAAAGGAUCGAACUGGGCCAAGUUGGCAUUGCUUGGAUGCGAUAUGCCAAAAGAGUUGGCCAAUCUGCAGGGAUGAGAAACGUUUUCAAAGAGAUUCGAGCAGAUAAAUGGGUCUGCUGGCAAGUCUUUGAAGCUGCAGCCAUUCUCGAACACCAGAUUAGUCCAACCGCAGAUGUUGCUGCGAAAAUCUUUGAGCUCGGUCUACGCUUCUUCUCGACGGAUGUGGACUAUGUUGUCCGAUAUUUAAACUUCCUUAUCAACAAAUGUGAUGAGGCUAGUGAAAAAAGCAAGGCCAAUUUGGCAAAGAUGGCUCACUUAUCAGAUGAAUUCUUGACAAAUUGGAUAGAUCGAGCUAUGAAAUUAUUCGCCCAGCGUUAUAUGUACUUAGGUGGCGAAGUGGUCACACCACCGGCAGGAAUCGAUGCUAUCGCAUCGCAUGAUUUACAGACCCCACUUCGACCUCCAAGCGUCGUCCAGGGCCCGCAGUUAAUGCCAGCACCAACACCACUCGUGCCUCAAAAUUCGCCUCCAACAGCGAAUGCAUCGGAUGGAACAAUGCCAACCUAUCCACAUCCAUAUCACCCGCCUUCAGCCUCUACCCCUCCUGUAUCCGCCACUGCACUGCCUAAAGGACCACCAGCAAGGAUUGCGUCGCCAUUAGUGCCGCCUAAGAGACCUCUACCAGAAGCAGAGACUUCGAGCAACCUGAAGAGAAUGCGAAG